AUGAUCCAAGAUAUCUGUGUAGUGAUUAUUUACCAAUACUUCGGCAUGAUUUAUGAGAACUAUAUGGUUUACUUCGAACUGAUGGAAAUUGGAACGCUAUCUAUUAUUUUUUUGUCAAUGAUAUUGAUCUCCGUGGAUCGAUUCCUUUGCAUUACGUUGGGAAUAAAAUAUAAAGCAAUUGUUACAAAAAGAAAUGUGAAAUUAACUGUGGUAUUGAUUUGGGUUAUUGGCGUAAUUACUUCGGUUCCAUUUUUUUUUACUAACGAUAGAUCGAACAUUAAAUACAUUUACUAUACUGCUACAGGAGCGUUUUUUGUUGUCUUGUCUGUGAUAGCUUACGCGACAGUUGCGUUUUCGAUUCGAUCACGAACACGAAGUAAACGAUCAAAGCCAAUUAGUGUAUUUAGAAAAUCCUACAUCGUCCCAUUUGGAAUCAUUACAACAUUUGUUCUGUUCAAUGUUAUUCCAGAUACAGUGGAAGUCUUGGUAGUGCACUAUAAUCGACCAUUCGAUUCUACAACAUACGAAGCUGUGUUCUGUUUUUACAUUAUCGGCUACAUUGCUGAUCCUUUAAUAUAUAUCUUUCUGAAUGCUGAAACCAGAGCUGCAGCAAGAAGCACUAUCGACAGAUUUUUAAGAAAAAAGGAAAGAGGUGUAUCACCAGCAACAAUAUUUUCACAUACGUAG